AUGAAUUCUGACCAAGCGCGUCAGCUUUUUGAAUCCGGCGGCAUUCUUCUCAUGCUCGAUGCCCCGAAAGAGAUGGAAUUCGGGAUCGACAUGCACUUUUGGCAAAUCGGUUCACAAUUUCAUGGAGUUAAAAUGAUUCCACCCGGUGUACAUUUUUGCUAUUACAGUGAGCGUGAUUCUUUAACGAAAGAAUUAUCUCCUCGGCAAAGUUUCUUUAUCAACUUCCAACAAGCGAAUCAAAUGAUAGUUAUAAUGCGUUGGUCACCAACGCAAAACCUUUUUCAACGUGAACAUCUAACCCCUGAUGAAUAUGAAGCUCGUCGUAAUCAACGUUAUGAUAUGGAUCGUUUACUCGGAGCCUAUCCGUUAGAUACUUACCGUCAGUGGUUGUCGUUAUCCAAUCAUUUACGAUAUGAUUUUCUCGAAAAACUUCUUCCGUCUAAUGGCCAGAUUUGUUCGGCUAAUGUUUACAAUCCGAAUGAACAUAAGAAAACAACCCAUGAGUGCACAGUUCCAAAGAAUUUAACCGAAGCAGAAUCUCGUCUACCGAAAAUGACGGCCGAUCCCCAGUUUGCUCUUCGAUUUACAGCGAUUGAGAAGAAGUCCAGUGAUUAUUCGGGUUCGGAUUUAACCCAGUCGAAACUUGAUCGAACGGACGAAUUAGAAAGAAUCUGUCUUGAACGCUUCGAUUCAGAUAUUCAUGGACUUUUGUGCGAAUUACAAAUGAGUUUCAUCGUAUUUUUUCUCGGGCAUUUAUACGAUGGUUUCGAACAGUGGAAAUCUUUAUUUCGUCUUAUUUGUUCAUGUCAAAAAGCAUUUCGUCGUUGGCCAAAUGUUUACAUUGAUUUCCUUCAAACAAUUUACUUCCAGUUGAAAUACUUCUCAGCAGAUUCAGCGACCGGUGAACACUUCUUUGUCGAUAUUGAUCAACAAGAGAAUUAUAUUUACAAAUCUUUGGAGAAUCUCUUCGUUAAUUUAUCGGCUUUCAAUGAUAAUGAACAAAUGGAAGGUAGUGAUACAGAGAAAUUACUUGCUCGUGCAGAGAAAAUGAAAAAGUUCUUAAAUGAAACAUACAAAUGGACGUUCGACGACGAGCCCGACGACGAAAAGCCGAUUAUUGUUGAACUCAACGAAUAA